AUGGCAAGUCAAUUAUUCACAAAGAAGGAAUUCUCAGCAGUUUAUCAGAGGUACAUGAUUCCAGUCUCCACUAUUGUAGUGGAUAUGAUUUUGUCUUAUGUGAAAGGCAAACAGAAAGGUCAAUCUCCUGAAAUGGCGCUGGAUGUUGGCUGUGGGACAGGCCGGUACACUUUGCCUCUAGCUCCUCACUUCAAGAAGGUUCUGGGAAUAGACACCGGUAAAUCUCAAAUAAAUUUGGCCAGAAGAUGUACUUCAGCAAAUAAUGUGUCCUACAUCAUAGGGCAAGCUGAGAAGUUACCACUGAAAGAUGCCUCUGUGGACCUGGUGCAUGCCGGUCUCGCUGCUCAUUGGUUCGAGGUUGACAAAUUUGUCCAUGAAGCAACUAGAGUGCUCAAGGCCAAUGGCUGCCUUGCUGACCAUGCUUUCCAUCCAUCCACUGAGAUUGAAUCUGGUGAUCUGUCAGGAGCUCUUACAGCACUUAUGAAAGAGGUAUGGUUUACUUUAUUCAAGCAUUCUUCCAAGAAUACACAGCACAUGUUAUGCCAAUAUGAAAAAAUAUAUGACGCUGUACCACUAAACGACAAGACGUGGAUCACUGAUAUACCAGUCACUGUUCAGAUGUCCAUAUCAGACAUUAUGGGCUAUAUGCAGGCAAUUUACAUGUACCAGGCAUUUGCGGAUAAAGAUCCAGCCGGAGCCGCAGAAUUCUUGGUAACGACUGAGAACAAGUUCCGAGAAAUAUUGGGGGAAAAGGCUGAUUCUGCUGUGAUGAACGCCCAUAUUAAACACUAUUGCGUCCUGGCUUGUAAGAGUUAACACGGUGACCGCAGAAGACGCAUUGAUGAU